AUGGCGGAGAAAGUCGCUGAAAAGUCUAAACAGAGAUUAACAGCGGCAGAGACGCAGCUCCUUCGCCGCCGACAAGAGUUGGAUUAUUGGAAGAAGUAUGCAGCGCGGAUCCGCAGCAGGAACCUUGUGACCGGCUUGUGUAUUGGCGCGUUUGUGGUCGGGAUGUUUGGUUACACCAUCCUCUCCGUCAAGCAGGAGAGAAUCCUGGACGAAAUAGACGAUGAAGCCAGGAUCCACAUCAUCAGUGGUCCGAGGACUGGUGCCAACUCCUGA